AUGGCAUCCAAACCCGCACAGAAAAGGUUGUCGAAAGAGUUUCUGGAGAUGCAACGGUCUCCACCUCCGUUCGUUUGGGCUUCACCGGAAGAAAAGAAUAUUCUGCACUGGAACUUCAUUGUACGAGGACCACCCGACUGCCCGUAUGCUGGUGGCGAAUACCAUGGCCUGAUCUCGUUCCCGUCCGACUAUCCAUUCAAGCCCCCAGGUAUCAAGAUGUACACUCCAUCGGGCCGCUUCCAGCCAGACAAGAAAAUAUGUUUCAGCAUGUCCGAUUUCCAUCCUGGCACAUGGAACCCGGCAUGGAGUGUGGCGACAAUUUGCACCGGGUUGCUGUCAUUCAUGCUUUCAGAUGAAAUGACAACAGGUUCGGUAACAUCGACCGACACCGAGAAGCGAGAUUUUGCCAUACGUAGUCACGAGUGGAAUCGCAAGCAAAAGCGCUUCCGUGAUGCGUUCCCAGACUAUUGUGGCGAAGUCAUGAAGGAUCUUCCGAAUAUGGGCGAAAAGGAUCGAGGUACCGCAGAGGAGAGUGCUACGACAGAAGAGACUUUAGCAACUGCUGCUAUUCAGGCUCCGGUGGUUCGUUCUUCUGCUCCUACAGUUGCUAAAGCCCGCACAGUGCCGACACCCGGUGCUGCUUCUGCUGUUGUAGGCCAAGCGGUAGCGCCGCCAUCAUGGCGAGAGACUAUAUGGGAGAGAUGGCGCUGGGGUAUCUUCAUCCUGCUUGCAGUCCUUGUGUCAAGGUUGUCGAAUGUAUAA